UAGUAAGCUAGCUGAGCUUGACUGGACAGUGGGCGGCGAUUCCAGUACCUCUACUUCUACGAAGCCAACAAACCCUUCAAAGGAAGGGAAAAGUGGAUCCACGCCUGCUGCUCAAUCUACCUCGACAGUCACUUCAAGCAUAUCCAAAUUGGAAACUGGACAACGCUCUUAAACUGCAAUUCCGUCGGAGCAAGACAUACUCUACCAACUUCCAAGAUGCCCAUGCCUGCCCCCAGUAAUAGCAACGAGGAGCCUGUGCCCGACUACAUCGCUAAUUUCAAUGAUAUCCAUGGAUGGUACCAUGCCUGGACUAGGACUGAACAUUCAUGGAGAGGCUGGGGCGAUGAGUCUAGGCCUGUUAGACUUUACUAUCCAGCUAGCCUGCAGUACAAUGCCCAAGACGGCUACAAUGCCAUCGAUGGUAUGGGAAGGCAAAUCCCCGGAGAUCAACCAUAUGCUUGUACGAUCAAUCCAUCAUCUGGAAAAUUCGAACGUCUUUGUGUUCAAACGAGAGAUUCUUUCUGCACACUAGAAAACAGCACUUGGGAUCGGACGAUCAUCAGAAACACAGCACCUAGGCUCUUUCGUCUGGCCAACUUCCCUCUCCAAGCCGUUCCACCUGCAAAGAGGCACCAGAUAAAAGAAUGGACUCGCGAGGACUGGAUAUCCGUUGUUAUACGCUGGAUUCCUGCAUCGCUGGGGAUCGUCAUUCUCUUGGUUCUGCCAGUUCAUGGGCAGCCAAGUGGAAAGGACUCGCGAGCAUAUCUGCCCUUUUUGUACAAUGGUUACCGAUACCCACGUCUGGCUCGAAAUUUCUGGGAAAACAGGAGAGAAAUUCAGGAAGGACGUGUAGACGAUCCCUCGUGGGCCUCAGGUAAUAUCGGAGUAUACCGCGCAUUCAGACCUAGGUUCCUCUGUUAUUUGACCGAAGGAAAACGAGACAAAAACGGAAAUAGGGUCGAGCCUCCUCGCUUUGAGGUAAGACCGGUACGAAUAAACAAUCACACGCCUUAUGUAUUUAUAUCAUACACAAAGAUCCAGUUCGACAGUGAGAACAAAAAAGAACAGGAUGGUAAUUAUCAGCUUCUUUACGCUAUGGCUCUUCUGGAAACCUUCAUCUAUGCGAAUUCUGUUCAGGACAAUGCACGAAAGCCAAACGCAUUCUGGCUGGAUAGUCUAUGCCAGCCCUAUAGUAAAUACAUCGAAGAGGAAGACAGAGAGGAAGAGGUCACAGACGAAGACGAGAAAAAGCUCCUGACAGAUCAAGAUGUUUAUACCAUGAACGAUAUCAUCAGGGGAGCAGAGCAUUCGAUCGUUAUUGCCCGGAAUGCAACACCUUUACCAGAAGAUGAGCCCAGUAUGCAGGUCAAAGCACUUCAAGGCUGGGGCCAAAGAGCGUGGACACUAAACGAGGUCAUCCUGAGCAAAGGCGAUUCUGUCACAAUAUCAACCAAAUUCAACCAGCGGUCGCACAUUUCUAAAGUUCGCCUUGCCGAAACCGCAUGGGCGGAUGCUGGUUACUCACGACAACUUGUGGAGCACUUCACUAACCUUCCACUUAGUCGUCUAGAGCUGGUAAGCGUGGCGAUGAAGUGCUUAGACAACCGAGAACUGAAAAGCAAACAUGAAGGAGAUAAAAGUUAUGUUCUCAUGGGAUUGCUAAGGGUCCGGCCAAUGAUUGACACAAGUGAUUCUUCAUUUCAAGCGUUUGCUAGACUAUCUCUGCCGCAAGACAACGACCGGCUCAUGGAACGGCUGAUAUGUCUAUUGCCUGAGCACCCAGAUGAGCCGUGGAAUAGGAUGUCGGACCAAUACAAGUCUAUCCUUUGGGACAUAUUUCCAGAUGUACAAGUGUGUGGCAUUGGAGAGAACAACACAGUUUUUGUAGACGGAUUCAAAGGUGCUAUGGUCCAGUGGUCUUCAUUCAGCACUGUUCAGACAAUGAAGAGGCUGAGCUGGAAACGGCAGACCCUAAUCCUCAUCACCAUGUUUUCACCGCUACUUCUCAUCUCUGGGGCCAUCGUGUUUGCUGCUUCUCACGCAGCAGCUAUUUUCCUAAUAGUUGUGUCAUCUAUUAUCUUAUUGGCAGCGCCUGCUUAUGUCCCUCUUUUGUAUAAAGGCAAACUGUAUGCGGUUGAGCCUUGCUUGUUUGGCAUUGAGGGGUACCUUCCUCUCCCCGAAAUCGAAGAAAAGAUAUUCGGAGCUAAGAUGGGGCGCCUCAAGUGGAGUCCAUAUGGAUCUCCUCUGUCACGCCAUCAGUAUCGAAAACGAUAUCGAGAACACUUCCAAGACGUCGAGGCAGGAGCAGGACAACCAUUAUUGGAUAGGGCUGAUGAUCCCGUCUACGGCUAUCCCGUCGAAGCUGUGGACCCGUGCUCCCCAUGCGAUAACUGUAUCAACUCGCCGCCAACUCCCCGGUGCAAGCAUUUCAGUUACAGUUCAGCAGAGGAAAAGAGCAGAAGUCCAUAUGGUAGUUUGAAGCUAUUUACACUUAUUGACACAUUCUCAAUGACAGUAACACUUUUUGAGGCUCGUCACCCCCCCGUGGCUUUGAUCAUCGGCGGAUCCGAAGGCGGGAUGAAGCGGGCUUUAGCCUGCUCAUACGACAUCACGACCGGAACCCUCUAUCGUGAGACUGUUCUCCGGGUUCCUUCGCAGAUUGUGGAUAAGAUGCAUUCUUUACAGAGAGUCAGAUUGGGACUAAAGAAUCCUUUCGGAACAAGCAAUGUGAAUAGUGUUCAUCAUCCACAGCCAACGCCACCGAUAACUGUUGUACGCCUACCACAGCCGACAACUCAGCCUCGAAAUGAGGAAUCCAACUAUUCUCCACCUAGAGAGGAAGGGAUAGUGCUAGGGCCGAUUCGUGAUGGCCCUGCAGGAAACAGGGUUGUAUAACCUCAGAGUGUUUCAAGGAUCACAGAGUCCAG